AUGCGCAAUUACAAUCCAGUCUCCCCGUCCAAGAUGGCGAUAGGAUCGAAGAUUGAGCUUGGCCGGGUAAUACGAUUAGUUUUAUUUAUUUCUCUUUUUGUAUUUCUGGUGAUAAUUGGGGUCAAUGUCGUUUUAGUUACAGCUAUCAGUUCUUUUGGGAGAGUAAACCUACAAUUAUAUAUGUGUUAUUCUAAAUAAUGUUAAUAAUCUUACCAGACUUAAACUAAUCUGUUCCGGUACGCUAAGCUACGUGAGAACUCGCCAACAAGACUACGCUCAUGCGGAACCCAGCGUGAAUUCUUUUUCUUAAAAUUAAAUUAUACAACUUUCGUACUUCCCAGCGAAGUAUUUGUCAUUAGUCGUUCUGUUUUUCCAAACAUUAUUUUUUUACAAUUUACGUAAAAGGAUCAGUGUGAUCCUUGUUAUUUAUAGCUCAUGUCUGACCUUUAAGACAUAACAGUAAACUUAAACAAACUGCUACACAACUAGAGUAAAAUGUCUGCACAGCCCCAUGCAUUCAUUAUGCUUGCAUGUUCUAACUCUAUUUUAUGUAUUAACUUAUUUAUGUAAAAUUGCAACUGAGAUUGCUGCAUGCACUUUUUUAUGUACCUGGGUGGAAAUCUUACUCAAACCAGCUUUCUGGUGUUCCAAUCUUACAUGUUUUUAUGCCUGAAACAAAAACAGCUAAUCACACAAUAAUGACACUACAUGUAUGUCCAGGGUAGGGUGGGAGGAAGUCUUUACUUGCACAUGCCUCAUUGAGUAGAUGCUUUUGAAUUAUAGUGAAAAGAAAGUAAGCAAGAAAAGCAUUUCAUAGACCUAGCUCAGAUUCUGCACUGAGCUGAGCUUCUGAUCCAAAGUGAAGAAAAAAACUGUCUAUACCUGUUGAUUCAGACACCAAAUUUGAUAAACUUAGUUUGUUAGGUUUACAAUAAGCUUAACUGAUACUGGCAGCUCACAUCCCAACAGUAAUUACAACUUUAAAUGAAGAUUUGAUCGGCACAGUGGUAAUUGAAAUUAAACAAUUGCCAAUUAACCUCUCCCCCAAAAAAGAAAUUGUUACUCCAGUGGGAUUCAAACCCAUGGCCUCUGUGUUAGCACUGCAAUUCUCUAGUUAAUUGAGCUAUGGAGACCCAUACAUUAGCAGCAGGCCAAUUUGUUUAGUCAAUGUAAUUGUUCCUUAUUGAUUCAGACACAGAACUUUUUAUGUACUUAAUUUAAAGCAUACAUGCAAGGUUCAGGUUUUGAAUAUUCAGCAUCUGAAGUGGGCCUUGCUAAAAGCAUUGUUAAUGAUCCAUAUGCUGCUUAACAGUGGAACCUCAUUAAUACAGACACCAAGGGGACAUGCCACAAUGUCCGUUUUAUCAGAGUGUCCAUAUUAAGCAGGCUCUCAGGAAAAGAAAAGAAGAAAAAAUGUCAUGGACACUUGUUUUAUUGAUCUAGAGAUAAGAGCAGACAUUUUUAUGAGAAAACAUUGUAAGCGCAAUAACCAUAACAAGUUCAUGCUUAAGAAACCUCACAAUCAUUAAAUGAUCAUUAAAUGUGUCUCUUAGUUAUUUAUCAUAGUCUCAGACUAAAUCUACCUUGUCCCUUUCAAGUAUUUGUCGGGAAAUACAACAAAAGAAUCCAUGACUCUACUUUGUAUUGGUGCUCCAAGUUUGUGACUCAGCCAGGGGGACUGAACAGUAGACAGAACUUUUGACAGGUCAUUUCUGUUGUUUCUGUUAGUUAUUUACCUGUAAGAUAUUUAUUCAUAGACAGUGUGCAGAAAAGCAGUGUCCAUAACGUGGGGUUGAUAAUGAAUGAGAGUUUGUGACUCUGUAUUAAGCGGUUAAUUUUAGAGAGAAUAUAAGAGCUUUGUCUGGACAAACGAAACUGUCAGUUAUGUAUGGGUGUACGUAGAGUGGGGUUGAACUGUAUUUUGACUGUUUCCCAUUUACAGUGCAUCCAUACCUGAUCGUUCACAACAGGCAACAAUUCAGGAAGAAUCAUUAUUAAAUUUUCUUAUUAUGAUUUGCUUUACAGAUUGUGUUGUAUGUGUUCUUUCCUGUUGCUGUGUUUGCGUUUUUCAAUAUGCCUGAAUCCUAUGAGGAAUUCAUGUCACAAAAAAAGGUUUGAACACACUUUUUAUUCGCACCUUACCCUUUCUUUUGAUAUGUUAGAGCAAGGGCUUGUUCCCUUUAAGUCUUAAGAGUGACCAACAACAAUUUUCUCCCAAAAAUAUCGAUACAUAUUAAUUAAAAGAACAGUUGUUGAGAAUAAAUAAAAUGAUCACCUAAGGGAAAAUGCGUUGAUCUUUAAACAGGGCUUCUGACAGGUCACGGAAGAAAAAGUCAAAUUUUGCAGGAUUUUUUUGGGACAAAUUCGUGGAAAAAUUGGUCUAUUUCGCGGGAAUUUCUGAGGCAAACUUCACCAAAAAGCAAUCGGUAAAAAACGGCGGAUUUUGUGGUUAUUUUCAAGGCAAAUUUCACUAGAAAUCGAUCGGUUUUGUGCUGAUCAGACUAGCGUUUUUAACAUUUUUCUGACAGAGGUCAUCAUUUGCUCUCUCAACAACAAUACGCUCUUUUUCAUAACAUAAUCUACGCCUGGUAGUUUCAGGACAUUGUUUGCACGUUUCAGUGGCGAAAGUUCUAUGAUAAAUUUGCAAGUUCACGGCAAUUAAAUAGCCCCAAUAGCUGAAAUACGUUUCAUAUAUAUUGUACAGGCAUGUAUUUAAUAAGAUUUCUACCAAAUUUCUUGGUAUUUUUCGUGUUUUUGUGAAUUUCGUGCGAUUUCUCUCAACUAAUUCUGUUAGGAAAUGUAUGGAGAUCAGUUAGGAGAAUUUGUAUGUGGAUAAUGGGGCUUAAAGUAUUAAGCGGUGUAUGUAGAGCAGGGUUCCACAGUUCAUGACUCAACAGAGCCAGUUCCUCUACAGGUGUAUCAUCGAACUAUGUUAAAAAAGUAUAAAAAUCAAAAGGAAGACAGAGGAGCAGUUUUAGAAACUUUUCCUCUUUCUUUCAUCUUUCUUGUCACUGCUCCCUUUCCCCCAACCCCCCUCGCCCUGACUGGACAAUCGAAACUGUGCAUUAAAUAUCCUUGUAAGGGUUUUCUUUUGAUGGCGCAAAAAUGAGUUUGAGUUUUGAUCAUUUUUUGUCUGUACAGCAUGCAAAGAAAGUAGUGUCUAGUAGUGGUUUUUGUUAAUAUUGGGCUAGUGAAUUCUGUUUUUAACUUGCCUGACGUACAAGUGAUGUUUUUUGAGGAAUUCGAAUAACAGAAGAACUGUGAAAUCAAUUCUGCUCAUCAAAAAGUUAUUGGGGCUAUAAUUGAAAUGAUAUCUGGGCUAGCAUUAUGCUAGCUUCAGCUUGCCCGACUUGCAAGCUGUAAAAAUGAUUUUCUUUGCACCCUGCUAUAGCCUGAAAUUAAUAAUAAACAAAUAUCAGAGAACCAUUUUCAAGGUCAAACAAAAAUCGCUGUACUUUGUCUUUAUUUUAAAACCCCAAAAAAUUGUGAAAAAAAAAUGAACACAUGACAAAUAAUUUUAAAAACCAUUGUAACAAAAAAUAGUAGUAAUAAUUAUACUCCUUACUUGUCAGUUUAUAGAUUCUUCCUCACAGUUGCUGUAUCUCACGUUGCUGCCUUUUUAUCCACAGAAAGAACUGUACCCACCAGAUCAAGACUGUCAUGUGAGUAUUCAUUAUAAUAUUAUUGUUACUAACUGCUAAGUUAUUUUGUUCAUUAUGAAUAAGAUAAAUUUUCUCUUGUAGCAAAGACUGCAGGCAGCUAGAAAUGCUAGUCCAUCUUAAAAUGAGGGACUAUGCAUUGAACUACAGCCUUGGAUAAAAGUCUUGAGACAGUUCCAUCUAUUAAUUUUUUUUAAUAAUCCAUGGUCCAUACGAUGAUGUCAUCAAAGCGGAAAUCCGCCCCCUCUCCACUGCCAAGUCAAUGUGUUGGGGCUCCCUAUGCUUGUGUUAUCCAAAACAAAAAGAGAGGCUUGGGACGGGGGAGGGGGGAGAACAGCCCUUUUCUUAGCAAUUGAAAGUUUUUAUUUCAGUCAGAAUUAGUCAUUUGUCUUAAUCAGUUUUGUCCAAGGUGUUGCAUCCGAUCUGAGAACAUGGGCGGGUUUUAUCCUGGCAGGUACUGUGCAGUGAACUAGCAUCUCAUACACAGGGACAGUAGAAGUACUCAGGGACUAGCCCUACCCUAGACCAACAAGGGUGGCACCCUAGCUUGCAAUGGAUAAGUGGCUUAAAUCAUCUGGAUAAGAGCAAUGCUGUGUCAUCUGGGAGGAAGGAGUAAACAUUCUAUGAUGGAUAAAGUCCAUAUGUACCAAUAUAAUUAUUAGGAGCAUACAUGUAUCUCUUGGGUGACAUGCUAUCCACAGAGAAGCGGUAGUACCAUGGGCUAAGCUACAAUUACAAUAAACUAAUUAAAAGUUAUUUAACACAAUUUUCCAUGGAGCAUGGUCAAUUGCACUUACUUAUUUAUAAAAGGCCAGUUAGCACAAAUCCAGGUUUAGUUACCAUAACAACUUUGUUUACAUUUCACCUUUAAGUCCCAGUAUCUACAUACAAAAUUCUCCUGACUGAUCUUUAUACAUUUUGUUAAAGAAUUAGUGAUCAGAAGAGAAUUAUUGUUAAAAGAUCAAGGCAGUAUGCCAAAGGUGAUCAAUGAACAUUUACUGAUUCUGAUAACAUUUUUUGCCUCAUAAUGUAUUGAUAUGAAUUGUUAGGCGAAAAUUGAUGUUGGUCACUCUUACGACUAGGGGACUGUUUACGUGGAGGUGGGGGACCCCAGAUAGGUGCUCAGGUAACUUCUGGCAGGUCACCCCACCAAUCAUGUAAACAUGAUCCAACUGAAAUGAGAGAUUAUAUGAACAGACGGGUUACCUCACCUACCUGGGGUCCCCCAACUCCAUUAAACAGGUCCUUAGAGGGUUAAUCCCGGAAUGGAGCUAACCAGUCUGCAAUCAUUACUCAGUCCUGAAUUGUUCCUUGCAAUGUACUAGCAUUCUAUCCAGUAGGGAAUAAACCCCUCCACAAUUUUUUCAACUAUUGACUGAGACAAGUUAGUCUCCUUCACAGCCCUUCUAAGGCUCAUCACGCCACUCUCCUCCCCUCAUGACAAGCCUAAAAACGGCUGUGAAGUAGACUAGAGACAAGUUAGUGAUAAUCCAUUAGCACGGCUGAAAAGAAUGCCUUUAAGUUAGAAAAGGUGCCAAGUUUGAAUGUGAUUUGUUGAAAAGUAAUGAAGAUAUACAUGUAGCUCCACAAUUAGUCACCAAAUUUUACAGACAUUUGUAUGGUGGGGGGCAAGUUCGUACCCCUCACCAUACAAACAUCGCUUUUCACAUAUCAACUAUAAACUUGGUAUUAAAGUUUCCUUUAUUUAAAGGUGCUCUUUCCAGCAGUUUUAAUGGAUAUUCGCUGACUGGUCUUAAUCAAAACUUGACAAAAGGCAUGGAAGGGCCUCAGUUACUGGUUCUUUGGGACUGGUUGUUUCAAAUGAUUACUUUUCAAAAGAUCACUGAAAAUUUGACUUCAAGUCUGAUUGCUUGGAAAGCAAAUUCCUAGGCUUGGUUCCUCGAAAAAAGUUAAGUUUAACCCAGAAUAAAAAGGCAAAUAUAAGUGCAAAGCUGGAUAAAUAAUAUUGGGCCUGAACUUCAGGAUCCAGUUAUGACAACAUAAAAUGAUAAUUAUUAUCUAUAGUAAUCAGUCUCCAGGAAGUUAAAUGAAAUCAAAUGUUCAAAUUUUAAUCCUGGAUUAGUGCUACUGGUCUUUCAGGAGCUGGGUGCAGGUGAUUGUUUUUGCCUGUUACCCUAAAAUAGUGAGUCAAAAUGAAAAGAAAAAAUUAAUGUUUGAAUAUUUUAAAAUUUUACCCCAUAAGGGCCUUCAAGCAACUGGGCCCUGGUAGGCAAUCUUCACCUGGGGAGUGCGUGUUACAAUACGUCUUGUGAUAGUCAUGACAAUAAAGGAUUGGGAUGGUCAUCCCGUUUCAGUUACAGCAUUUUCACCAACCCACGUUCGAUGUAUUAAAAUUCUAAGAUGACUCCAAGGCUUAACUGUACUAAAUUGCAAAUUUUUAACAAUUCCAUUGUGUUGCAAUUUCCAAAAGAGACUUGAGCACAAAGAAAACCAAAUCAAAUAUAGAAAUAUGACCAGAAAGACUCAGAGGAGUUAUGUACUAAGAAUUUUAAUACAUUAUUGAAUGUGGGCUCCAGUCAUUUUGUUACAGAUAGUUAUGGUGAGUCCUGGGACUCAUGUUGUGAAAAAUCAUUAGUCCCCUUCCAGAACCAACUAGUCCCAGUUUAAAAAGAACGAGUAAGAAAUUGAAAAUGCUUAGGCUUUUAUGUAACCAGACAGUUAAUCUGAAGACAGACUCCAAAACUCUGUAUUACAGUAUACUGAAAUUAAAAUAUAGUCCUUCUAUUUUAAAACACAACAAAGGCUAAAAGAAUAUGCAUCGUUAAACAACAGCCAGAAUAACUGCCACAGAAAUUACAUGAAUGGGCCAGUUUCUACAUUAAUACACAUGUUCAGAUCGAUUGAUCAAUCUUUGUAUUCUACGGGAUGCAUGCCAUGAAUUAUUUUGGAUUUCUAUGCGUGAGGGACACAAGAUGCUGACGUAACAAAAUCACUGGGGCUCUUAACUGAAUUCUUUCUAUUUGUUACUUAGAGACCUCCAACUACUCUUGAGGAUAUAAAGAAAGCUAGGGAGAAAAUGGUAGAAGACAACAGAAAAGAAACAGCACAGCAGAGUCAAUAGGAGUCAUCAUUAUAAUUGUGAAGGUUAUCCUUUGAGAACUAAUAACAAGCCUCUAAGAAAUAUCCUUAAAAUAUUUCAUUUUUAAUAGAACUCUCACAAUAUCGUAUGAAUAUUAAUGUACAAAACAUAUUUCCAAGUUAAUAUUGGUACAUUCACUGGUUUUGUUUACAAGUUGUGGGUAACUAUUUAUAAUAUUGAGUAAGCUUGUGUACAAAAGAUACGUACAUUUCUAUGAAUGUUAUGAACUAUAAUUUUUUGGAUGAACUGUUCUACUUUAAUACAUGUAUGUAACAUAAAUUUCUGAUCUUCACUUUUUAAUUAAUAAUAUUUUCUACUUAAAAGUUCCGCACUUGGUCAUUUGUGGUGUUGUGGAAGGUUCUGUCAGAAAGGAUGCACUGUUCUACACAAAAUUCUCCAAAAACAGUAAUAAGAACUAACAUAUACCAGUACUGCCAGAGUUUUAAAAAGAAUAGUUGGGUUGAAGGGGUCAGUGUUGCUUUAAAUAUAUUGUUUGGAUGCAGAAUAAAACACUCUUUCUACUGACUGAUAUGAGC